AUGGAGAAUUGGAAGGAUGAAGACUCCAGGAACUGGUUUAAAAUAACAGUUCCUUAUGGGAGAAAAUAUGACAAGACAUGGCUAUUGAAUUCCAUCCGGAGCCAUUGCAAUGUUUCUUUCACCCCGGUUGAUUUCCACUAUGUGCGAAAGCAUGCCCAGUUCUUUGUCAAGGAUUUUAGCACUGCAUCUGCCUUGAAGGCUGCCAACUACCAGAUACGUGAUGAAGAUAACCAGAAGAUAUCAAUCCUUGUCAACCCAUCUUUUGUAUCCCACUCUGUGCUGAAUGAAUUUAAAUCAGAACAAAUGGAGCAGCUAAAGAUCACCAUAAAAAAACGGUAUGAUGUCUCCCAGAAAUCUCUUAACCUCCAGAAUUUCCAUUUGGACCCAGACUUAGUAGGCCAUGAUAUUGACAUGAUCUUGAAUCGGAAAAACUGUAUGGCUGCCACUCUGAAGAUAAUUGAAGAGAAUUUCCCUGAGCUGUUAUCCUUGAACCUAUGUAACAAUAAACUGUACCAGCUGGAUGGCCUAUCUGACAUUAUACAGAAAGCUCCCAAACUAAAGAUCUUGAACCUCUCCAACAAUGAGCUAAAGUCAGCAAGCGAGUUGGAGAAAAUGAAAGGGCUGAAACUUGAAGAGCUGUGGCUAGAAGGAAACCCAAUGUGUGACACCUUCUCAGACCAGGCCACCUAUAUCAGUGCCAUCCGGGAUAGUUUCCCCAAGUUGUUAUGUCUGGAUGGCCAGGACAUAUCUCCACCAAUAACUCUUCAAAUUGAAGUCUCUGAGAUAAUGAAGCCAUGCAAGGAAAGCUAUAAAGGACCUGAUACCUUAAAGAAUCUAAUCUUGCAAUUCUUACAGGAGUAUUACUGCAUCUUUGACUAUGGUGACCGUCAAGGUCUCAUCACUGCUUACCAUGAUGAUGCCUGCUUCUCACUCACCGUUUCCUUCAAACCUGAGGGUCAAGUUCCAAGUAGCUUGGGCAAGUACUCCAAGAGUAGUAGGAAUUUGAAGAAACGAAAGGACCCUGUCUACCUACUUAAACUGCUGAAUCACACAAAGCGUGAUGUUAUUGAUUCCCUCAGUGUGUUGCCUAAAACCCAGCAUGACUUCAGCUCCUUUGUAGUGGACUUGUGUGUGCAGACGGAAAAGAUGCUCUGCUUUUCUGUCAACGGGCUGUUCAAGCAGGCAGAAGGAAUGUCUCAGGCUCAGGUUUAUGCCUUCACUCGGAUCUUCAUAGUUAUUCCUGCCAACAACUCCAGCCUAUGCAUUGUGAAUGACCAACUGUCUGUGAGGGAAGCCAGCCCAGCAGAGACUCAAAGGGCCUUCUCAACCCCAGUGUACACACCAUCUUCCAGCUCCAUGCCCACUCUCUCUCAGGAACAACAGGGAAUGGUGCAAGCAUUCUCUGUCCAGUCUAAGAUGAACCUCCAAUGGUCUUUAAAGUGCCUUGAGGACAAUGAGUGGAACUAUACCAUAGCUGCACAAGUCUUCACUAUGUUUAAGGCUGAAGGCAAGAUCCCAGAAGAGGCCUUCAAACAAAGUUCUUAA